AGAAGCCAUAUUUUUUUGGUAAAGGAUAAUAGUUUAUGAGCGACAAAUAUUACAACAGGUGAACGUAACAGGGAUGAAAGUUAAAACAUAUGUUAAAAGCCAAAUUUUGAAUGAUGUUGGAAUUAUCAAUCAAUCUAGUACGUCAUAAUCUUUCAUGGUAGAGAUAAGGCUCACUUUAUCUCAAAUUCAAGUAAUGCUUUGUAAAUAAAAAUAUUAUAUCAAAUUAUAGUUCCAAGGGACUAUCCAUCCACCCAUCCAUCAUAUAAACUGUAUUUUUUUCGGCUGUAACGUCCUUGGACGGGAUGUAAGUCCAUCGAAGGUCGCACGUACACGAGCUUUUCACAUAAAGAUAUGAUUCUUGUGUUUUUCCCCCUUUGGAUAAAUAGAUCGCCUUAGACCUAUACUUAUGCCCAUAAAAGCCGCAUAUCCACGUCAACCUUUACUUUACGAUACACUUAGCCUUUCCAAACAUAAUCAGGCGAUUCCUAAAUAAAGCAAUAAACUAAAUAAUUAAAUCGGCACCGGAGAAUAAAGAUUAACAUUUUCAUUACAUUUUAUUAACAAGUACCGGUGAUAUCAAUAUCUAUUUAUUAUAAUUACGAAACGGGGCAUGCAAGGAUUUUUGUUUCAGCAAAUAAAACUAACGCAUGUUGCUGUGUACUCUGCGAGCCAGAAGAGGCGGUAACAAUUUGAGUCUGAUCUUACUGAGAGACCGAAGACUCCCUGCCGGACAAGAUCGGAUUUUCUACAACGGGUAAUAUCCAGUGCGACCAUAGCACAAUAACAUUUGACAGCACGAUACGGGCUGCCCAGCGUUGUGCACGUUCACUUGGGUUAUAUUUUACGUCCUUUUUGGUCAUCACCUGUCUUUCCGACUGGUGACUGCUGUGAAUACAAAUCCACACUACGAAGUUCAAAGACAUGAGCAGCCCGAUGCUUUGGGAUCACCUGCAAGCUGGCAGUUCUGAAGUGGACUGGUGUGAGGGCAAUUACAUGAUUUACUCGGGCAUCGCGGAGUUUUACAACACGUAUGCCGCACAUUUCAACAGCGGAAUAUAUCUAAUAUGGACUCUUCUGGUGGUGGUUGGUAUCGGAUCUACAUAUUUCCAUGCGACCCUCAGCUUCCUUGGGCAAAUGCUGGAUGAGCUGGCCAUCCUCUGGGUGCUCAUGUGCGGAAUCGCCAUGUGGUUCCCAAAGAGAUACUUGCCAAAGGUCUUCCGCAGGGACAGAUCGAGGUUCAAAUUGGUCAUUGCUGUCCUCUCAGGGGUCUCCACCGGCCUGGCUUUCAUCAAGCCCACCAUCAACUCCUUCUCCCUGAUGGUCUUCGGCAUACCCUGCACUGUCCUGCUCUUUGCUGAGCUCAAGAGGUGUGACAACCCACGGGUCUUCAAGCUGGGACUGAUCGCUGCCCUGUGGUGGACCCUGGGCAUCCUCUGCUGGAUCAGUGACUGGAUCUUCUGUGAGAUAUGGUCCUCUGUGAACUUUCCGUACCUGCACUGUGUGUGGCACGUCCUUAUCUGCCUGGCCUCCUACCUGGGCUGCGUGUGCUUCGCCUAUCUCGACGCCGCCACUGAGGCCCCUGAACGGGGCCCCGUCAUCAUGUUCUGGCCCAGUGAGAGGUGGGCCUUCAUCGGGGUGCCCUAUGUCGCCCUCCUCUGUGUCCACAAAAAAAGCUUGAUAAAGGUGACAUAACCUGGGAAGGGUGAUCGCCUGCCAAACUGCUAUUUCCUAGAUGACUUUUAAUAAGAAAGAAGCCUUGUCUGGAAUUCAUGAUGGUCUCACAGUGUGAGAGGCAUACCAGACCGUGUGACACAGGAAUGAGGGGAUCCAGACAACACAAAAUACAAACCCAAAGCCCUUUCGUCAGAUACAAGGGAAUUCAACCACCUGCUGGUUCUUAGACACACUUAGGGUAAUUUAAACAAGUCCCAGAACAAGGGACAGGUCACUCUCAUGAACCCUCAAACACUCAGGUGAUAAGCCCCGCCCCCACACGGCUGCAGUCUUGACACAUGUCUGAAUAGCACAUAAAUGGUCAAAAGCCUGUUUUUUGGGACACUCUAGCAAAGCAACACACUGGCAGAAAAGCUCUAAGACCAACUUCCAGGCAUGAGAUUAGGUUUGAUGAAGUCAAACAGCUCAUGUCGCGGGGUGGGGGGGGGGUACACAGCAGGCUACUCAAUGCUGAUUUAUUCUUCUACGUAGAAUCCACAAAGUAGGUAGAAGUGUCCCUGCUGUAGCCCAUGCAGUAGCCUGAUGCACGAACCUCCAGAAAUGUAACUACAGGCUUCAGUCUACAGUGUAAGGAAAACUGCUAUGUGGCUACCUGUGGUUUUAUGGACUAAGAGCAAACACACUCACUUAUAAUGAAGACAAUUUCAUUAAACUGUUUAUAAUUAGAUGAUAAAUAUUCUGUAUUUCUACACAAUAAAGAUUAAAUGUAUACAAAAUGU